AUGCAUGCGUGUGUGUGUGUGUGUGAGAGAGAGAGAGAGAGAGUUAGUUUUAUAUUAAUUCUUCAACAAUAAUGUUUAACCAGCACUAAUGACAAAUGUGAUACGCUUCACAAAUGACCUCGACCUGAACAUAUUCACCUUGACGUUCAAGGUGGAAUGCUAAACCAGCUGAAAGUGGUAUUGUUAUUGUGUGUGUGUGUGUGUGUGUGUGUUUGUGUGAGAGAAAGAAAGAGGCUGAUUAGCAGUUAAUGGAGCAACAGGGGCAUUGAGUCACAAACCUUUCCGAGGUAAACUCGUCCAGUCUAAGAGGCUCCACAUCAUGGCACUGAUGGAUUACCCAACUUUACCCAGCUUUUUUUACAACCAUCCAUCUAGCGAACAGUUCACUUUGCGUCUAGAAUGCUACUUUAGUGACUGCUAGGUCACCAACUAUUUCACAUACUUUUAGAGAAGUGUGAAGGUGCCAGGGUAAAGGGUAAAGAGGGCAAAGUAUUUGAGGUCAUGGGGAACUCAGAGAGCGUUUGGUGGAUUGUAGUGGAGUUUGCCUGCAGGAUCCUUGGUGUUUCUACGGCAACAGUGUUGUGUGCUGUGGGAGUAGAGACACUCCAAAAGGGAGAAUUCAACAGCCUCGGCAUCUACUUACUAGUGUCAUCUGUUGGCAUCAUGAUGUUUGAGCUGGCCUAUUUCCUGGAUGCUCUUCUGUUCAUGUGUCUGCCCUGUCCGCCAGACUGGCAGCUGUUUAUGUUGUGGGGGAAGAUGGCUCGCAUUGGAGGCUUCCAUAAGUUCCUCUAUUACUCCAUAAUGUCAGUGGUGUGCUUCUUGCACCCUGUGUUGGUGUGGCAUGCAAUUAUCCCAGGGACGAUGCUUCUGGUGACAGCCUUUUUCAACUUCAUACUAAGCAAGAAAACCAAGAUAAAGUCUUCCAAAAGGACACAGGAGAGCCACGGUGACCAAGGCCCGACCACCACCUGUGGGAUUGAGGAAGCAGCCUCGGACAGCACUUUCUCAUUCCUCCACAUGGUGACAGGAAGGAGGGCGGGGGGACUGGCUCUCACAACCAGAGGCCACUGCCUCAGCCCGGGAGAGAGAGGAGAGAGCUUCCAGGCCAUGCUGGAGCUGGAGCAGACAGCAGUACCUAAAGACACAGAUGGGGAGAGGAGGAGGUGGAAAGAGAGGAGACCGAUAUGUUUCAGAGGUAGGGAGGAGCCAGUGGAGAGAGAGAUGGAGGAGAUAGACAGCUACUGUGAGCCAGAGCCAGACACCACAUCAGACACUGCACCUAUGAUUACUGACUGAACAUCCCUCUGUGCUCAGACUGAGCUCCUUACUGAUAUCACACAAAGGAAAGCUUGUGCAAUCUAUUCAUACUGACUGAGUGGGACUAGAUGGUGUUACACUGACUUUUAGCUGAAAAUAACACUAUAAAAUGUCUGACCAGCCAAAAUAAGCAGCAUUUUUUAGUGUUCAGUAAUAAGGUACUGUGUAUUUUACACAACUAAAAUAUGAAGAUUAUUAGAUUUUUUUUUCAAAUGUUCUACUGAUUUGUGUAUUUGUUACCUCAAAAAGAUCUAUUUGUACGAAAUGAAAAUUGUGUGAGCUCUAUUAAUAUAUACGUAAUAUAGAAGCAUUUUUAACUAUUUUGAUCUUCAAAUGUAUGAAUGCAAAGAAAUUAAACAAUUAGUACCUAAAUGUCCACGUGAGUGGCUUUUAGUGUGAUAGCCUGUUUUUGCAAAGCCAGCAUUGAUUGAAGAGCAGACAUUAAAGCCAAGCAAUCCAAUCCAGUUACUGCAGCAUACAUUAUUCAUAAGGUAAUAAAUUAGAUCAACUGUUUCAUUCAUUCAGCGUCAGAGAAAAUACAAGCGAAUGUGACUGAGUGUAGCAGGAGCUUGUGCAGGUGCAUGUGUUAGUCGCAUUCAAGUCUCCUCAUUGUGUGUUUGUCAUGUGUGAGCGGUGACCAUGGAGACGGAGCUCUGGGAGGAGUGCUCACUUUAUUAUGGUAAUGAGAAAAACAUCAGAUCACCCACCAGAGCGCCACCAUAGGGCUAUGCUUCACCUAAACAUAUCCGAUGUGCCAACACACCAAACAUAAUUACAAGUAUUAUUCAUGCAUUAUAAUAAUAAUAAUAAUAAUGUCAUACACUUGGCUUUGAUAAUAUUAAUAGGGUGAGUGUAUCAGACCCAAGCUCUAUAAAUCACCCUGAAAUUAGCAUAUUUGUGAUACAAAAGAGUAUGAAAAGCCUAUGUUAACAUUUCAUUUGUUUUUCUUUUGUUUUAUCAAGCUACAAAUGAUACAAUUCUCCACACAGACAUUCCUCUUUUGUUCGGGUCAUAAAUCAAUACUGUUUUGUUCUGUCAAAACACACGCACACACACUGUAUACACACUGUAUUCCUCAGUCCUUUGUUCCCUGAAAUGUAGAUAUAGAACUCUAUGUAGCCUUAAGAGGCAAUCUCUCUGCAGCAUCAAAGCUAAGGAGCGAAUCAAUAAAAGCAGAGAGUCUCAUUCAUCAGAAAGCACGUCACUGAGAAAACUGGGACCAGACACGUGAAAACACACUCACACAUAAAUAGCCUGUAGGUUAAACAACUGGGUUAGUCUCCAUGUUUGACGCAAAUUACAUCCCCAGCAGCUACAUGGUGUCAUAUAUUCUUUCAACCUUUUAAACAUGUUUUUUUGCACAGUAUAUCAAAUCCAUGACAUGUGAAUCCAGUCAGGAGGGAUGAGAUGUUCUGGUGUUUUAUGGGGAGAACAGAGAGUCUUUGUCCAGAGUUUACUUACCGCUCAUUGGCCCAUAAUCAGGGCUGUAUUAUCAGCUUCACAAUGUGUGAACGCAGCUGAGUGACCCAAUAAUAAAUAGAGGAGAGGAAAAGAAUAUCAGUAUUUCCAGUCCUCUUCCAUAAAUGUUCUACCAACUUGUCAUGCCCAUAUCCUUUAGAAUGAGCUGUUCUCAGUGGGGGAAGUUAUUCAGCUGCUGGAACAACUUACUUCCUCUGCAUGUUAAAUCAUAAAUCCUAUUCAGACAGAGAGUUGGGGGGAGUUCCUACAGCUUGUGUUUCCACCCUACAAUAGUUUCCUAGAUGGCAGAUCCAGGCUCAAAAACAGGAUGGGUGAAAUAAAUCUUAACAGGUCACAUGGACUUCUUCCUUUACUGCUGAGGUGGGAAACAACAGGAUAGGUGCUUUAGUGGUGGCUGUGGUAAAGCAAUUUUCUGAUUGCUGCAUAUGUAAAAGCAGACAAAAAAUGUGGAGAACUGGUUCUUUGUAUUGUUUGUUGAUGCGGUUGGUUUGAUUUGAUUCUGUCAAACGACGUACACAUAACACACUUACACUCCAAAUAUUCACAAAACAAAAAAAAGGGAAAAAUGUAAAAUUAAAUAAAACACAACAAAAACAUAAAAGGCAUGUAACACAAAAUGUGAUAUUCACAACUUUCAAUGCAUGAUACAGAAUAAAAACACUAACUACUAACAUAUAACACAUAUAACACUAAAAAAUAUUUUUUACAUCUCAUAACUAAAAUUAUGUUUCAAAAUACAAGACGUGGAUGUCUAUUCAAAAUAUUAUUUUGUACUCAGAGUACAGCUAUUUGUGGUCAACAGUGCACAGGAAGAAAAUCCAUUUCCAAAAUGCAAAAUAUACAUUAGCCUAAAUGAACAUAUCUAUAUGUGCAUUUUUGAAUAAAACACAUUAAUGAACACAUCAAAAUAUAACCUCUAACCUGGAGUGCAGAUUAUAGGUCAAACUAGCAACAUUAGUAAAAACGAGUUUAAGCUUAUGGUCUUCCGAGCUGAUUUUUCUUCUGACUGAUGAGACUGAGGC